AGACCUCCCUCACAAGUUGCAGCAGUCCUCGUUGAAGUUUCACAUUUCGACAUCGGGCGACACAGUGCCCACGCCCUUCCCGAUAUCGACUCAUCCAACAUUGGAGAUGUCAGUCGCUCUCGUUUCUCCUUCGUAAUCACUGUGUAUAAUCAUGGCGCACUCCUCCAGCAUGAGCUUUCAAUGUAUUACUCUAUCGCUCCUUGUGCUACCUGCGAUCACGCUCAUUGUGUACUUUCUCACUUCGUUUCCACACAUGCCUGACUCGCUUGUUAUCCACCCUUCUCUCUCGAGUCUCUCCAAGGAUUCACGGAGCUGGCAUAUCUAUGCAGAGGACUUCUUCGAAGGUGGCGCAUACGUCACAUUUCCAUACGGCCGCGUACGAUACUGGCUACUUGGCCCUGAGGAUGGAAAGAGGGUAGUGCUCAUACAUGGACUCUCGGUGCCCGCGAUCAUCUGGAAAGAUAUAGCCCCCCAGCUUGCUGCACGGGGCUUCCGUGUUCUCCUAUACGACCUUUAUGGCCGUGGCUAUUCAGAUGCGCCGCAAACAACGUACGAUACUGCGCUUUACGUUACACAACUCGCCCUUCUACUGCAAUACAUCGGAUGGGACAAGACGAACGUCGUGGGUGUAUCUAUGGGCGGAGGAAUCGCCGCCGCUUUCGUAGACCAAUUCCCACAUCUAGUCGGUGACAGACUGGCCUUACUUGCAUCUGCCGGGAUCGUCGAGCCUGCAGAUAUGUCGAGAACGUCCAAGUUCCUCUCAUCCCCCAUCAUGCAAGUGAUAACCUCUAGCUCGCCGUUCCGACUCUAUUUGCGACAUCUUGCCAAUAACUCGUCAUCUAUAGACGAUCCGAUCUCGGAACUCGUUCGUAUCCAAUCAGCGCAUUUGCCAGGCUACAAUCCUGCAAUCGCUUCUUCUAUUCGCGAUGGGCCGAUCCGUAAUCUAGCACCGACGUUUGCUUCUGUCGGUCGCAAGACGAGGAAACGCGGCGGAAAAGUCCUUUUGAUAUGGGGAACGAAAGACUGUGUCGUGCCUUACCGCUAUGCCGCUCGUGUGCAAACCCUUAUUCCAACAGCAGAGCUCAUCACCAUCGAAGGCGGGAAGCAUGAUAUCACCCUCAGUCACCCCGCGGAAGUCGUGGAUUAUCUCGCGAGAUUUCUUGGGAGUAGCGAGUUAUAACCCCUCUCAUUUUUCCCAUCGAUUCAUUCACAUCGGAUCGCUACCUCCAUAUCUCGCAUGCAUAUACGCCUCUAUGGACGUCCUACCCUCCCAUCCAUCUUCUCGUUUGUACCUCUUUUCCGUGGAAUCGGUCAUAACUAACCACACAUACUCGUACACUUCGUUUUCGUUCCUCGUCCGUAAUCAGGUCACUCACGUCUUUGUCCUUUUUUGAUUUUUCUGUAUCGCGCAGUGUUGUCCCAUCAGCUCUGACCCUUUUUAUUUUCGUGUAGCGAUCUGUCCAUUCAGUCCAUACUGACAUACAUGUAAUAGAGAUUUGUAGCUUUUGUAGCUUUGCACUCAUGCACGCCAUCAGAAGCAGGAGUGAAGCUGAGGCACUGGAUAGGCGCUUACACGGAAACAUGUGC